UCGAGAAGAUGAUGAGAUUGUUUGCGAUUGCGUUUACGACGAAGAGAAUAGUGUUGAAAGGUAAUCCUCGAACUGCUUCUCCUUCUCCGUUCCGUUGCUGGGUACGAGCUUUCUCUGGUGCUAGUUGUGAUUACAGAGAGAAGAUUAGAAAUGGGUUUCUACAGGAUAUUAAGUUAGAUGAUGCAAUUGGUCUGUUUGGUGAGAUGAUAAAGUCUCGUCCUUUUCCUUCCAUUGUCGACUUCAGUAAAUUGUUGAGUGCUAUUGCUAAGAUAAAGAAGUAUGAUGUCGUGAUAUCUCUGGGAGAGAAGAUGGAGAUGCUGGGAAUUCGACAUAAUCACUAUACAUACAGUAUUUUGAUUAACUGUUUUUGCCGCACCUGUCAGCUCCCUUCUGCUUUAGCUCUUCUUGGGAAGAUGAUGAAACUCGGGUAUGAGCCCGAUUUAGUCACGUUUAACUCACUGCUCAAUGGAUACUGUCACGGGAAUAGGAUUUCUGAUGCCAUAGCUUUGCUUGAUCAAAUGGUGGAAAUGGGAUAUCAACCUAACACCGUCACAUUCAACACUCUGAUUCAUGGACUUUUUCUCAACAAUAAAGCUUCCGAAGCUGUGGCUUUAGUUGACAGAAUGGCGGCGAAAGGAUGUCAACCAGAUCUGCUUACUUAUGGUGCGGUGAUAAAUGGGAUUUGUAAGAGAGGUGAUAUGGAUUUGGCUUUAAAUCUGCUCAAGAAGAUGGAGAAAGGGAAAAUAGAGCCAAAUGUUGUGAUCUUCAGUACAGUCAUCGAUGGUCUUUGCAAAUACAGAGAUGUCAAUGAGGCACUCGACUUAUUCAACGAAAUGGAGAACAAAGGAAUCAAGCCAAAUGUUUUUAUCUACAGCUCCCUCAUAAGCUGUCUUUGUAAUUACGGAAGAUGGAGUGAUGCCUCUCUACUAUUCAGUGAUAUGAUUGAGAGGAAAUUGAACCCCAGUGUAGUCACCUUCAAUGCGUUGAUAGAUGCCUUUGUGAAGGUUGGGAAACUUUUGGAGGCAGAGGAAUUAUACAAGGAGAUGAUCAGAAGGUCUAUAGAUCCUGAUAUUUUCACGUGCAAUGCAUUGAUCAACGGGUUUUGUUUGCAAGAUCGUCUAGAGGAGGCCAAACAGAUGUUUACUUCGAUGGUUAGCAAAGGUAUUCUCCCAGACGUAGUGACUUAUAGUACUCUCAUAAAUGGAUUCUGCAAGUCUAAGAGAGUAGAAGAUGGUAUGGAACUCUUCAGGGAGAUGUCUCUAAGAGGAAUUGUUGGUAACACAAUCACUUACACGACUCUGAUCCAAGGGUAUUUCCAAGCUGGCGAUUGUGAUAAUGCCCAAGAAAUAUUCAAACAUAUGGUUUCUAUGGGUGUGCCUCGUUCUAUUAGGACAUAUAAUACUUUGUUAGAUGGUCUUUGUAACAACGGGAAGCUAGAGAAAGCAUUGGUCAUAUUUCAGGAUAUGCAGAAGAGUGAAAUCGAACUUAGUAUUGUUACAUAUAACAUCAUCAUUGAAGGAAUGUGCAAGGCUGGUAAGGUGGAAGAUGCCUGGGAUUUGUUUUGCAGCCUCAACCUUAAAGGAGUGAAUCUUGAUGUUGUAACCUACACUGCAAUGAUCUCGGGAUUUUGUAGGAAAGGCUUAAAGCAGGAUGCAUAUGCCUUAUUCAGUAAAAUGAAAGAAGAUGGACCUCUCCCAAAUAGCGGUCCAUAUAAUACGCUGAUAAGGGCAUAUCUUAGAGAUGGUGACAAAGUAACAUCAGUCCAACUCAUCAAGGAAAUGAGGAGCUGCAAGUUUUCUGGAGAUGCUUCAACAAUAAGCAUGGUCACUAAUAUGUUGCAUGAUGGGAGAUUAGACAAAAGCUUUCUGAAAAUGCUUUCUUAAAACACUGUUAUCCUGGAGAGAAUUGUAGAGCAACCUUGUUCCUAUGAUAGCAACAUCUGUGACUGUGAGCAUGCAAACAAGAGUUGAUGUUGUCUUCUCUCUGGGCGAGCAAACGGAGAUGCUGGGAAUUUCACAUGAUCUCUACACUUACAGUAAUUUCAUAAACUGUUUCUGCCACUCCUCUCAGCUCUCUUCUGCUUUAGCUAUUCUUAGCAAGAUGAUGAAACUCGAGUAUAUGAGCUCGAUUUAGCCACGCUUAACUCGCUGCUCAAUGGUUUCUGUCUCGGGAAUAUGAAAGGUGUUCCC